UUCCUCCUCCUCCUCUUCGGGAAAGAGAAAGGGGAAAGGUGUUUUCCUGUGAUCACUGCUUGGCUGAAAACAAACAUUUAAUGGGAAACUUGAAUUUUAAGUCUCUAUGAAUGAAUCACUGAAUAAACCUGGUCUCUGUUACUGGAGCAAUGCUUAAGUUCCAAGAGACCUCCAGAUGUAUGAAUGUAUCAAAAUCUAUUUCUACUUAUUCAAAGACCUUGAUUGCAAGAAGAUAUGUUCUUCAGCAGAAGCUCGGCAGUGGAAGCUUUGGGACUGUCUAUCUGGUUUCAGAUAAGAAGGCAAAGCAAGGAGAAGAAUUAAAGGUUUUGAAGGAGAUCUCCAUUGGAGAGCUAAAGCCCAAUGAAACAGUGCAGGCAAACAUGGAAGCCCUGCUCCUCUCCAAGCUUGACCACCCUUCUAUAGUCAGGUUUUACACAAGCUUUGUGGAGCAAGAUAACUUCUGCAUCAUCACCGAAUACUGCGAGGGUCGAGAUCUCGACUGUAAAAUUCAAGAAUACCGUGAAGCUGGGAAGACCUUUCCUGAAGGCCAAAUAUUAGAAUGGUUCAUACAACUGUUACUUGGCGUUAACUACAUGCACAAAAGGAGAAUACUUCAUAGAGACUUAAAAGCAAAGAAUAUAUUUUUGAAAAACAACCUUCUUAAAAUUGGGGAUUUUGGAGUUUCCCGUCUUUUAAUGGGGUCCUGUGAUCUAGCAACCACAUUUACUGGGACUCCUUACUACAUGAGCCCAGAGGCACUGAAACAUCAAGGUUAUGACACCAAAUCUGACAUUUGGUCACUGGCAUGCAUUUUGUAUGAGAUGUGCUGCGUCAAUCAUGCUUUCACUGGUCACAACUUCUUAUCUAUUGUUUAUAAAAUUGUCGAAGGUGAGACGCCCUCCCUUCCUGGUAGAUAUCCAAGAGAACUUAAUGAAAUCAUGCAGAGCAUGUUGAGCAAGAAUCCAUCAUUGAGGCCCUCAGCAAUAGAAAUAUUAAAAAGCCCUUACAUCGAUGAACAAGUACAGCACAUGAAGUGUAAAUAUUCAAACAUGGUACUAGAAGACAAGAGACUGAAUUGUGAGAAGGAAGCUGAUCGUAUUGUUAGUGCUGUGCAGAAAAAGGUCCAUCUUCAAACUCUGCGAGACUUCUCUGAAGUGCAGAAAAUGACUCCACGUGAGAGGAUGAGGCUGAGAAAGCUACAGGCCGCUGAUGAGAAAAUAAAGAAGCUCCAAAAGCUGGCAGAAGAAAAAUAUCAAGAAAAUAGUACCCGAAUGCAAGAAUUAAGAUCUCGCCACUUCAAGCAGCCGAGUCUUGAUGUGCUCCAUGAAUCCCAUGAACAGACUUCAGAGCACUUAAUUGCGUCUCAGCCAGGCACUUCUUGGGACUCCAGAGCCAUAAGAUAUGAUAAGACGAGUGGAAAGGAAAUACCAGGCAGACUACUUGAAUUUAAAUCAGAGGAGCACGAAAUUCCUGAAGAUCCCCUUGUAGCGGAAGAAUAUUAUGAUGACGUGUUUGAUUCCUGUUCUGAAGAGAGUGAGGAGGAAGUGGAAGAGAAAAUUCAGGAAGAAAUGGUGGACUAUGAAACAUCCCAGACAGUUAUAGCAAAUCAACAGGACAGUGAUGUUGAAGCAAUGGUCAGGUAUUUGGAGAAUAUCCUGGAGUGCAGCUCUCUAGACAUGAGGACUGUCAGCAAUGUGGCUACAGGCGGGCCCGAGGGACCAAGACCUCUUAACAGCACCAUGGCUGAGACCAAGAUGAAGCGCAUGAAGGAAACAGCCAUCCAGAAGCUGGGAGCGGAAGUAUUUGAGAAGGUCUAUGGUUAUCUCAAGGGGGCAAGGCAACAAAGCACCAGUGAAGAUGAGAUCCGAGCCUGUCUGGAGAAACUAGUGCCACGGGCCAGUGACUGUUUUGAGGUGGACCAGCUCCUUUACUUUGAGGAGCUGCUGCUUGCCAGAGGAGAGGACCCAGUGAUGCAGAACCUUCUUUAAUUAGCAGAACUGACAUGUAAUCAGGGGUGUGAUACUAAUAAACAUAUGUUUUUACUGUGUUACGGGAAAGGAAGAUAUUGCUGAAGUACCCAUUUGCCUUCUCACU